UCAUAAAUCAAUACAAUGUUUUAAUGACGUCCAGCAUUUCAUUUCGUUUCGUUUCUUUCGCUUGCGGUUAAUACGGUAAGUAAUUCCGUCUCCGCGGCGCCAUUCCGAAUUUAGAACUCUCCAAAACUCUGGGACCGCAAAAAGACCUCUGCCUAUACAAUUCAUUCUAUUCAGUUCAUAGAUACCAUUGACUUACCGCUACUCCUUUCCACAUUUAUUCUCCCACCGAGAACUACUCCUGAUUCACCAUGGCGAAAAAAGCAUUGGCCAAAGAUCAAAUUGUGAAGCUCAUUGUGGGUGCUGGACAGGCCAGUCCCAGUCCCCCAGUUGGUCCGGCACUCGGUAGUAAGGGUGUCAAGAGUAUGGAUUUUUGCAAGGAAUUCAACGCCCGAACCGCACAUAUCAACACUGGAGUACCCGUUCCCGCGCGUGUCACUGUUCGUCCGGAUCGCUCUUUCACAUUUGAUCUCCGAACCCCCACGACAACCUGGCUGUUGCUACAGGCUGCGAACGUGGAACCUCGUAAGAAUCGCAUACGUGGAGCCAUGAACCCAGGCCACGAGAUCGUCGGCAAGGUGUCCCUGAAACAUGUGUACGAGAUCGCGCAAAUCAAGCAUUCCGAGACGAGACUAUCGGGACUGAGCCUGCAGGGGCUAUGCAAGAGCGUCAUUGCCCAGGCGAAGUCCAUUGGCAUUCAGGUUGUUCCCUAAAUGGGAGGGGGACGAGUUCGACUGUAUAUUUAUUUGACAUCCCUGAUGCUGUGCGAGUGCUGCGACUACUGCCGUGAAUUAUGAUACUGGCGUUCUUGGGUAUGGAGUCUGUUUUCAAUUGUACUAUAAGAAUUGCAUGUGAUAUAGAAAGCGUUGUCA